AUGAAAUUUCCAUUGAUUUCUUAUUCAACCACUCGAGAUCUGUGCAUAUUUGCAUUCAGUAAUAUUUUACUAUUACUGUUUUUCUCAUAUUUUCCUAUAGCCCCCGGUGGUGAAGCUGGCUGUGAUAUUUCUCAAAUACCAUGUCGUGUUUGCAGUGGCCCGUCUUCUGGUUUUCAUUUUGGUGCACUGACUUGUGAAGGUUGUAAAGGUUUCUUUCGACGAACUGUUUUAUCCAAUGUACGCUUAGAGUGUUUAGGCAAUAAUGAUUGCCCAAUUACACCAGCUAAUCGUAAUAUGUGCAAAAGUUGUCGAUUUCAACGCUGUCUAGCUGUUGGCAUGUCAAAAACCGGUAGUCGUAUUGGCCGACAACCCAAUGCAAUCAAAUAUUAUUGUGCUCGAGAGAUUUCUCAGCUUACUAACUCCAGUGAUGGGGAAGCAAUGGCAAAUCCAUCUACAAGUUCAUCAAAUCAGCAGCAUGAAACAACUCGUCGGAAUUCAAUUAGUCACAGCAGUACUAGUAGUGGUAACACAACUUUGAGUAGUAAUAUCAAUAAUAAUGCUAACAGCACUACUCAUUAUGAUAAUAAUAACAAUAACAAUAAUGAACAUGAUUUAUCAUUAAUUGGUGAAGAACGCUGUAAAUCGGCAAUUAGUCAGUCCAAUUAUCCAACAUCCAGUUGGCCUUCAGCUAAGCGUAUAUUGUCUAAUUCGGAUCAUAUGGAUUCUGUCAGUACAACGGUGUCAACAAUCGCAUCAUCAGCAGGAACAUCUGUAGUUUCAUCAAGCAUUCCUAGGACGAUACCAGCAACCACCAAUCCAUUCACUGGACGUAAUAGUCAACACAGUGAACUACAAGGCAAUAAUGCAACGUUGAAAAAUGGAUCAGUGCCAUGUUCAUCCCCAUCCUCAUCUUCAUCACCACCGUCAGGAUUGAAACAUCAUAUAAAGUACAAACAGGAAACACGUACACACUACCCUAACCCUCAAUCACGCCUUCAUCAUACCCAACCGUCUCCGUCACAAAAUAGUUGUUGUAGUAAUAGUAGUAUUAGUAGUACCAGUAGUACCAAUAAUGGUGUUGUUCUCCUUUCUGGCCCUUGUAAUCCAGUUGUGCAAACAUCCUCGUGUUCUGCUAACGGUGGUGGUGGUGAUUACCUUUUCAAUGACUGUCCAGGAAAUAUUGUUAAAAGACGUAAAACAAUAUCAUCAGUGAUGGACAUUGGAUCGGAGAUUGCUGAUAGUAAAAUCACAUCGUCAAAGUUAACUCCACUUAGUUCAACAUAUAUGCAUGAUGAUGAUGAUGAUAUUGAUAGUGAUGGUGGCUGUAAUACUAUUGGUGUAUGUGAUCGCGAACAUUCUGACCAUCGUUAUCGUCAUAGACACCAUCAUCCUCAUCAUUAUCAACGUCAUAAUACGGAAGUAGCAAAUUCAAACGAUGAGCAUAUAUAUAGUGUCAUCAAUUCAAGUGGGGUCACUGCUGACAGUAGCAGUAGCAGUAGUAAUUAUGCUAGCGGUACUGGUGGUAGAUAUGAGAAAGUUAGUGAUGUUAAAACUCAUAAUAUCUCUAUGGAUAAUUUCCCAUUUAUUGAUCAAUCAAGGCAUUUAUUAAGUCAAAUCAAAUUGCCUAGUGAUAAUAUUCACACCAUAAGUAGCAGUAAUAACAGUACUGAUCGUGGAAAUAUUCAACAAUUACAAUUUCGAAGUUGUUCAUUAGUGGAUAGAUCAUCUCCAUUAACUGAAACUCCUUUGAAUGAUCCGCAUGCAGUUAGUACUCAUUUAAGUCAACCGUAUGUAAGACCUACACAAUUAUGUUUAUCUACAGCACGAAAUGUACCUGAAGAAUCUUCGUAUUCAUUAUCCUAUCUUUCAUCCUCCUCCUCAUCAACAACAUCUUGUCCACGUUCAUCUGUGAUUUCUGAUUACUCUGACCUUAAUCAUCCAACGUCAACUGCUGAUAAUGGUAAUAAUAAUAUUUCCGACCAAAUAUGGUUACCGAAACAUCGAUAUUUUAAAUCUAACCGAGGUUUACCAACUGAGCAUACUAUUCAACCAAUUAUCCCAAAUAAUAAUAAUUGUCUUGAUCCAAAUUCAUUGGGAUUUCUUAAUGGACGUGUUGAUGAUUCAAAUAUCUUAUCAGAAAGUGAACCUACAUCUACAACAACACCAUGGUUUGCGGCGGCAGCAGCAGCAGUGGCUGUUGUUAUGGCUGCAUCUCAAUCUCCAUCAACUAAUCCAGCUUUGGAUCCGUACACAGUAUCAUGUAAUCUGAAUGAACGUUUUGCAUUGACUGAUAACAUGAGUUUAAAUCAAACAGAUAUACAUAAUUCUCGACGUAUUCCAGUGAGUGCAACGAACUUUUCAAAGAAUAUUCGGAAUAACUUACUUCACCCAGUACGACGUAUGUUAAUGUCAGAUCGGGUUGAAGAUAUUUGGAAUCAAAUGAUGAAACAUUUUGAAACACAUUCACGUUUCAUUGUACAGUUUGUUAAAUACAUUCCAGGAGGCUGCAUUGCUAUAUUGUUGUUGAAAUAAUUCAGUGGGAUUGCGAAACGUUCGUGAUCAAAUUUCAAUUCUAGAAAAACACUAUGCAACUGCUAUUCUUAACCUCAAUUACAAAUAUUUCGUAAUAUUUAAAUUGAUGGAUCAUGGCUGUAUAGUGUUGGUAGUGGUGUAUACUAAUGGAUCGCUAAUGCAUAC